UGAAGAUCGGUCACUACGUUCUGGGCGACACGCUGGGCGUCGGCACCUUCGGCAAAGUGAAGAAGUCCAGACCCUGGAUUCUUAAAAUAUAAACAGAAGGAACUUAGAAUUAGGAGAAAUGUUUUUCCUGGAGAACUCUUUUCCAACAAGCAACCAAUUGGUUGGAGAACAUCAAUUGACAGGCCAUAAAGUGGCAGUUAAAAUCUUAAAUAGACAGAAGAUUCGCAGUUUAGAUGUUGUUGGAAAAAUAAAACGAGAAAUUCAAAAUCUAAAACUGUUUCGCCAUCCUCAUAUUAUCAAACUCUAUCAGGUGAUCAGCACUCCGACAGACUUUUUUAUGGUAAUGGAGUAUGUUUCUGGAGGUGAAUUAUUUGAUUACAUCUGUAAACAUGGACGGGUUGAGGAGAUGGAAGCCAGGCGCCUCUUUCAGCAGAUUCUGUCUGCCGUAGAUUACUGUCAUAGGCAUAUGGUUGUUCAUCGAGACCUAAAACCAGAAAAUGUGCUUUUGGAUGCACACAUGAAUGCCAAGAUAGCAGAUUUUGGCUUAUCAAACAUGAUGUCAGAUGGUGAAUUUCUGCGGACCAGUUGUGGGUCCCCGAAUUAUGCAGCACCUGAAGUCAUCUCAGGCAGAUUGUAUGCGGGUCCUGAAGUUGAUAUCUGGAGCUGUGGUGUUAUCUUGUAUGCGCUUCUCUGUGGCACUCUCCCAUUUGAUGAUGAACACGUUCCCACGUUGUUUAAGAAGAUCCGAGGAGGUGUUUUUUAUAUCCCAGAAUAUCUUAAUCGCUCUGUCGCCACCCUCCUGAUGCAUAUGCUGCAAGUUGACCCCCUGAAACGAGCAACCAUCAAAGACAUAAGAGAACAUGAGUGGUUUAAACAAGAUUUGCCCACUUACUUAUUUCCUGAAGACCCCUCCUAUGAUGCUAAUGUCAUUGAUGAUGAGGCUGUGAGAGAGGUGUGUGAAAAAUUUGAGUGUACAGAAUCAGAAGUAAUGAACAGUUUGUAUAGUGGUGACCCUCAAGACCAGCUUGCGGUGGCUUAUCAUCUUAUCAUUGACAAUCGGAGAAUAAUGAACCAAGCCAGUGAGUUCUACCUCGCUUCCAGUCCUCCAGCAGGCUCUUUUAUGGAUGAUAGUGCCAUGCAUAUUCCCCCAGGACUGAAACCUCAUCCAGAAAGGAUGCCACCUCUCAUAGCAGACAGCCCCAAAGCAAAAUGUCCAUUGGAUGCACUAAAUACAACUAAGCCCAAAUCUUUAGCUGUGAAAAAAGCCAAAUGGCAUCUUGGAAUCCGAAGUCAGAGCAAACCAUAUGACAUCAUGGCUGAAGUGUACCGAGCUAUGAAGCAGCUGGACUUUGAAUGGAAGGUAGUGAAUGCAUACCAUCUUCGAGUAAGAAGAAAAAAUCCAGUGACUGGCAAUUAUGUGAAAAUGAGCUUGCAACUUUACCUGGUUGAUAAUAGAAGCUAUCUUUUGGACUUUAAAAGCAUUGAUGAUGAGGUAGUGGAACAGAGGUCUGGUUCCUCAACACCUCAGCGCUCCUGCUCUGCAGCUGGCUUACACAGGCCAAGAUCAAGUUUUGAUUCCACCACUGCAGAGAGCCAUUCGCUUUCUGGCUCUCUCACUGGCUCUUUGACAGGAAGCACAUUGUCUUCAGUUUCACCUCGCCUGGGCAGUCACACCAUGGAUUUUUUUGAAAUGUGUGCCAGUCUGAUCACUACUUUAGCACGUUGAUGAUCUGUCCCUGGUUUCUAUCUUUCUGUUGCUGCACUGUGAAAGAUGAGAUAUAUUCUUUAAAUUAUUAUCUUACUUCUGGAUGUCACAUAUCUGCAAUACUAAUUGAGAGACAUGAAUAUUUCCAGGGGACACUUGAUGCCAUUGAAAUUAUUGAAAACAAAAAUGUCUGACAUUUUAUUUACCUGUAGAACUCUGUAAUUCUAAGAUGCCUGUGAUAAAAUCACAUAGGCAGUGUCUUUAACUAUUGGACAUCAAUGAAGAUUGUUAAUUCACAGGUGUGGGUUUGCUUCAGGUGAUUUACUCAGCUCACUGAGGAACCCUCUCAACACGAGAGGGGUUUGUCAAUACCUCCCUGCUUCACUCUUUAUUGUAGGUCAGUCACGUUUGCUUCCUAAAUUUCAGUAGGCUUUAAGCAGUGUUUAUACAACCCCAGUUUUCCUGAACAAGAUUUAAAACACAACCACUAGCUAGAUAUUAUAUAAAUGGUGAAUUCUUAAAAACUUGCCCUCCCAAAUUUCAGAAGCCAAGUUUUUGCAAAUAUUGCCUAGUGCUCACCAGAAGGGCUGUGGUCCUGUAACAGGUAACCACGAUUUCCAGGUACCUUAUAAACAGUUAUAGAAACCUUAGGACUUUAUCUUGAGAUUUCCCUGAAUAAUAGAUUUUAGCCUAAGAGCUUUCAGGGUUCGAUUUGGUAUUGGAACAAAUCAUCUGGAAUUGCAACAAUUUUUAUCUUUUCUAUAAACAUGUCCUUUUAAAAUAUGCCUUCAAAACCUACUUUUCUCAAAUUUGUUUUGGCUUGUUUUAUGUUUUUGCACUUAACAAAGAAUAAUACAAUAGUAGACAGUUAAAUGAAACAAAGCAACAUAUCAAUGAUCCCUUAAAAGUGAACUCUUAUUUUUGAUCUUUUAUUUUGUAUGUAUGAGAUGGGGAUUAGGGGGAGUUAAGGAGGUGAAGGUCUUCUUGAAUCUCAUAUUGCAAAUUCUUCAUUUAAAGUUUAAGUUUCUAAUCGAUGUCACCUCCUUAACCCAACUAAUCACCAUUGUCUUUGCUCAUUGUUUGAUCCUCAGUGGUCCAUUAACUUAGCUUUUAAGUCUUUCCCACUUCCUUUCUUGGUUGCUGGCCAUUCAGUUUGAAAACACCAUUCUGGCCCCAAGGGCUUUUAUGUACUCCCAUAACUUGAGGGGCCAUGACCUUCACUGUUGAACCUGAUAUGGCAGAGAAGCCUUAAACAUUGAGUAAAGUUCUCUCUUGAAUAAAUGUAUGUGUUGUUUACAUAUACACAUAAUAUGUAUUCACAUACUAGUGCUUUUCAGAAAAACCAAACAUUUUUUGCUGUUUUGUUUCAUGCAGGUUAUUUUUAAGAUUAAAAAAGAAAACUAUAUAUCAGGGUAGAUAAUAACUCAUUUAUUAUAUUUUGUUUUAAAAAUAUUUAAUUUUUAAAUUAUGUGUAAUUUAUCUAAAUUGUAUUUAUUCAUUUAUUGUAUUUAAUAUGUUAUAAUUAACAAUCUCAUUCACAUGACUUACUCUAAAAAAUAUUAAGCUCUUGAAAACAAAACAAAACAAAGCAGUGACAUUGCCUUGACAAAUUUCUCUUUGCCAAAAAUGGGAUAUUUUCUACCAAGAAGCAGAUGUUAGAAAACGUUUCUCCCGUGCUUAUCAAAGACAAGAAUGUCUGUCUUGGAAUGUUUUUUUAAGUUCUGAGUUUGCAUUGUAUCACAUUGUUUUUAGGUCUCUUUAAAAAUGUUGUUAAGUAACUUGUAAGUUGGACUUGUUAAUGUCAAAAUAAAAGGGAUCCUUGUUCACCAAUCUGGGGAGCGGGAUGGGUCUGGAGUUUGAGAUAGUACUGAAGUUUAACCUUUGAAACAUUGCCAUCUUGUGGCACCAGUAGGUGGUUGUUUCAUUUACUGUUUUAGGUGGGUAAGUAGUCCUGUAUUAGUCUGAUGUUCAGUCUGCAAAAUGGCAUCAUUUUGGCUUCUCCAAAUGUGCACAGGCCUCUUUUGAGAAAAACAGAACCAUUCAGUCUUUGCCUGAAUAUGAAUGGAAAGAUCUUAGAAAUAAGGAACUAAACAGAUUCCUUUUCCUCAGUAGCAAAAUCCACAAUUUUGAAGGCAGAGAAACAGUGAGAAAUAAUCCAGUGGCAUUUUAGUUUUGUUAUUCUGUUGAGCCAGAUAAUAGAAACUUAUUCACAUCAAAUUUAUAUGGAUGAUUAUCAUAUGUUUUGAGAGUUAAAAAUUUAUUAACUCUUUUCUUAUUCUUACCAGGAUUUGUGAACAUCCACAGAUUGAUAAUUGCUUGUUGACUUGUAGGAGACCCAAAGGGUGCAGUUUUGUUUAUUCCAUUUGUAAAUUUUUUUAAAACAGAUAUUCUGUGACUCUUAGUGAAAUAGCUUGUAGAAAGGAGACAUUAGGAGACCUAGUCUAGCACAAUAGUAGACUUUUUGUUACCCGUGAGCAGAAGAAGGGAAAGAAUCAGUUACUAAUCUAAAAUUCCUGCAUAUCAGUCUUAGAUAUUGCUGAACUGUGGAUGAUACAUAGGUCUGAGCCUAGCACAAUGUCCUGCGAUCAAGACACUGCAGGAGAGCUUCAGUUAUUGGGCUAUAGAUAAAGCUUUAGAUGUGUCAUGGGACUAGAUUCCAUGUGGUUCUAGAACAGCAUGCCUCACAGUGCAUCCUGUGAGAUACUCUGCUGAGGGAAAGAUGUCAUGAUGGAGUAAGCUUGGAAAAUAUUACAUGCUGCUCUCCUCCCUUGAGGAUGACAAUGGAUAUGACAAAGACUGACCAGUUUUUCCAUGAAAAAAGAAAGCCAUGUAACUUUAACACUGCUUUGCCUUCCCCCCAAAAUUUGCCAUUUAAAAAACUUAUCCCAUGAUAAAAAGUAAAUUGAGAAUAUCUUUUUUUAAGGAAAAUCAUCCUAGGUGCCAUAAUUAGGGUAAUUAAUGAUAAAAUUAAGGUAGAAUUUCUUUCCUUUUUAUCAAUUUUGGGGAAACUCUAGUUCAGAAUCAAUCAUUUUUACUUAAAGAAAUGUUCUUGACUGAAUGCUGAACUAAACAGAAAUUUUUGUAUCUGUAACUUGUUUUGUGGCACCUUGGCUGUCUUAAUAAGCUUGUGGUAUUGUUUAGGUGCAACGUUUAUACUUUUUUGUACUGAUGGAUGACUGAAAGACUUUAAACAAGAUUUCUUGUUUAAAAAAGAUGAGUGACUCAUGCCGAUGGCUCUAUGGGUUGAGUUGUCAUCAUUAAUCCUACUUUGAAAAUGUGUGUAGUCAGUGAACAUUUUCUAAGUAUUUUGUGUAGGAUAUCAUAUAUAGAUCUAAGUCCAUUAUUUAGAUCUUUCAGUAUAGGAACGGACACUGUCUUGAAUAUACAGAUAGCCAACUAUUUACAAGUUGAGUUUUUGCUUUGAUCAACAAACCUAGUGUUUGCAUUCCUUGAUACUAGCCAGCUAUAAAGAGAAUCCAGGAGCCUAAUUAAUCAGGAAUAGUAUUUCUAUGUCAGGGAAUUUGCUAUACAUAGCACAGACAAUUCUCUUUUUCUGCAAAUAGGUAUGCUGUCUGUUAUUCCCUAAACAGUUUGUAUUCAGGGAAUACAAAUUGGUUUUUAGUAUUAAACAUAAUUUAGAAAAUGAUUAUAAACAAGUCUUAACAGACUUUUGGAAUACUUGGAUUGAUCUGUGGUAUUUAUGAAUGUGCAGUAUACUGAGUUCAUGUAGGCAUUGCACCUUUCCAUUUGUAAAAUGUAAAAGCCUGUCACAAAUAUCAGAUCUUUCUCUAUUCACUGGAGAGUAAUUUAAAUCCCAUUAACGGCUGUGAAAUCUUAAUAUCUAAAUGCUAGGCAUACUCCUACAUUUGUCUGUGUUGUAAAUACCCAAACCUUUUCAGUCUUGCAUUUCUGCACCCCAUCCUCAUGUUUUUAAAUAGGAAAUGUAAUUUAUUUUAAUCAUAGUCUCAGAGGCUGUGUUAAAAACUCUGAGUGAGGAAUAUGUACAAUCUGUCAGUAAGUUGCAUCAUUUGGGGCCUCAUUUUUGUAACUCCUAAAAAGGGAGGGAUAGAUUAAAAGACCUCGAAGGUAACUCUGAGCUUUAAAGUGCUGUCUUUUCUGCCUUUUCAUAUGAUUUGUGUUAGUAUUCACUUUUUUAUGCAUUUAGAAUUUUAUACAAGUGAGAGUGUUCUGUUUUGGUUUGGUGAGGCAUUUCAAAGGUGUAUACUUGAAUAUUUUUAUACAGCUGCCCCUUGGAAUACUAAUGGCAAAAUCGUCCAGAAAACCAAACAUGUAAUAUAUCACGUCCUCUUGGCAUAAAGCAAAAUAUUACCAAGGUAGUGAUAGAAGUGUUCCAUGCAUUUUUAUAGUGAUUCUUUAGAUCCACACACCCUCUUUAUAUGUUAUGGUAAUUGUUAUUACAGAAACCACAUGAAAUAACCAGAAAAAUUAUUCUUUUCCAUUUUCUAUAUGAGAAAGGAGGACCAUUAAGCUUUAAUGCAUACUACUAGAUAUUCAGUGGUGACUAUUUUUUCUUUAUUGAAAAACCACCUUUCCUUGGGGGAGAACAGCUCAAAUUAAUGAAACACUGGAGUAGCUGAAAAGUAAAUACUAAUAUAUUGCUUUCAAGUCUUCAAAUGACAUAAAGUGGUCUUAACUAAAUAUUUCCUAGUUUAAUUAUUCAAAUAAAUUGAUUGUACAAGGUGUAAUUAUUUGAAAAAUUUAUGAUUUAUGAUUAUUGAUUUUUAUAAGUGCUUCUGAGUUAUUGAAAGUGCUUAAAAAUACUCAAACUGUAGGGUGUUAUUCAGUAAUUUUUAUUUAUGGGAUUCUUUGAGCACAAUCCUUUUUCAAAAAGAAAACUACCCCCAGUCCUUAUAUAAGUUAUCAUAGUUUUGGAUUAGGACCUGAAUUCGGUUUAUCUAAAUGUAAAAUACAGAUUGAUAUUUUUUCUUUUUAUAUGCAUAUUAGAUGAUACAACACUGUUUUUGCAAGUUAUAUUUCUAGUCACGAUCUACCUAAUUAUUAUUGGCUUGAUAAAGAUUUGCCCAAACCUUACUAACACUUUGAAAUGUACAUGUUUGAUGAGCUUUAAAAGUUGUAUAAACAUUUAAACAAGCUGCUGGCAUCUUUACAACCAUAAAUACAUCUUUUCCCAUGUUUGAUUAUGAUGCAUUUGAUGCCAUUGAACAGUAAUAGCAUGCAAACCAGGACACACAGUCUAGACUGACUUGAGUUUUAAUUGAACUUCUUCAGCCAUAACCUGAUAAAAAAAUCAGGCUGGGUCCAGAAGUUAGCAGACUGCAGGCCUGCAUUAAUUUUGCCAGACAAUGUUAAUGUUUACUGCCAGCCUUUUGAAGUAAUGCGGUUUGCAGCCAUAACUGUGUGUGUGACUUUUCGUAAGUUUGGUUUAUAUCUAAAGCUUAGAUUUUGUGGAAGUAGUUCAUGAUUGUUUGGACAAGCAGGGUAGGUAAAUUUCAAUUACGUUUAAAGUGCAAUUAAGGAAAUAUUAGAGUAGAGACUCUUUCCAGGGAAAAAGUAUUUGUAGAAUAUCCUAGCAAGAAAAAUUUUUGAACACACAUAGAAUUUUGACAAAGUUUAUACAAUGUGAUUUUUUUUUUAAUUUAAGGUUUGCUACUUUGCAUUAAUUUAAAAAUCUGAAACUUUAAGGAGGAGCAGAAACAUUCUCAGCAAGGAGAACUGCAUGGAUAACUUUUACUUUGCUAUUUUAAGCAUGCAUUUUUCAUAGUUAAAAAUCCCUUUAAAGUAAGUUUUGUUAUCAAGAAAAAAGGCCAUUUUGCUACACAGAUAACGUUUUCCUAAAAUGGGAAAGAAAAAUCAAUCAACCAUUCUAAGACAAAAAACUAAAAAUUAAAAAAAAAAACAAAAACAGUAAAUUGUGCCUUCUCUCUUAAGUUAUAAAUUAUAGGAACAGUAAUAGUAAAAUCUUUUUUGAAUUCUAUUAUCUAUCUCUCUAAUUCCUCUCAUUUUUUUCCUUAGAUCUGCCUUCCACAAAUGAUUACAUUGUUUGCUUCUGCCAGUUUGUUGUCAAAUUCCUUUGGCCAAAUCUCAUGUUAUCACUGUCUUAAGUUGUUCACUAAAUGCAUUUUUUAUUAUUUUAUGUUGCUUCACUUUAGUCACUUUGGUAAACCAUUUGACUGCAUUCUCAUGUUUUAACAAUUAAAGCCCCAAUAGUAGUCUUUGUACUUUAGUCUAUUUUUAGCUUUUUAAAAGUUUGUCAAGGACAAAAUGCAGAUCUAAGGACAACAUCUAAUUAGAAUCUGGUUCUCCAUUGGACUGCUGUAGCAGUUCAAUUCAUGUAUGUAACCUCAUUCAGUUUUCCCAUCUACAAAAUGUGGAUAGUAACCUACCUCACAGCUGUGUGGGAGAGACUGACGGGAGACGCUUGUUUAAACAUAGGGUUUAUAUCCCCAUAUUUAAUGUAAAUGCCUGCUUUUUUAAAAAUAUAAAUAUUUGCUAUUGACAGGAUACGUACGUUGAUUUUUGGGUAAGCUUUAUGUGGUAAGAACAUAGGAGUAAGAAUGUUUAAGACCACAGUUUCACGAAUCACAGUGUUCUUAUUUUAAAUGACAGUUAAAAUUCCUUGAAACAUCAGAUAUUUAAAUAUACAUGUCUUGUUGGAGCAAAUAUUCAGAACCUCUUAAAAUUGGCUGAAACUGCCUUACUGUACCAAAAUACAGCUUUCUCUCAAGACUGUUCACAAACAUCUAUGGUCGUACAAUGAUUUGAGUAUUUAUUGUGAAGUUGUUACAGAACUGUGAACUCUACAGAUAGUAUCUUGAUGUUGCUUUAGGAAGAAUGGCUGUGUUCUUUAUCAUAUAUGUUUAAAUAUUAUAUGGUGACUUUUAAGUGCAACAAAUAAAACUGAAAAUUGAUAGAAAUUGUUAUGUCUAUAACAAUCAUAAGAUAAUAUAUGAUUGGACAGUAAUGAUUCAGAUCUUUUCAAGAACAUCUUGCAUUCAUUCUUAGCCCAUCUUUAAAAAAUUAACUUCAACCUAUUGGAGCACUUGAUUACAUAUCUAUUUAAAAAUGUUUAAAAACUGUUGAUAUUUGGUCACUUCUUAUAAUUGGUUUUAGGGGGAAAAACCCUGUAGACUUCUAGUACUUUUGCACUUUAAUACCCAUAGGUUCAAAUUUCAGUUUUGUUUGUUAAGUAUCUUUUGUGAGUGUUAAAUGAAAAGUGGGAAGGAUUUGUCUUCCAUUAAUUAUAUGGAAAAGAUGUUUUGAAUGACACAGCAUUUCAUAGUUACAGGUUCUCCCUCAAUAAUGUUUGCACUGUAUGAAACUCACAGGUAACACAAAGGAGACAAACACCCUAUCUGAUUGUGAGCUUUUUCACAAAAUCAAAUUAAAGGCUAUGGUUGAUUUGAAAGCUA